AUGGCCGCAACCUACACUGCCGAAAAGGUCUCCACCAAUUCCUCUGAUCCAGAGAUCCAGAAGGCUACCGCUUCACAUGCCAUCGCCCUCGACGAGAGGCGUCGUGCUGCUUUGGCAGAGGUCGAUAACGCCCCCUUCUCCUGGUUUCACGUCAGGGUGUCGCUCGUCGCCGGCGUAGGUUUCUUCACCGAUGCCUACGACAUCUUCGCUAUCAACAUCGCCUCCACCAUGUUGGGCUACGUCUACGGCAAGGGCCAGGUCCUCAACACCAACCAGUCCCUAGGCGUCAAGGUAGCCACUCCAAUCGGUAACCUCUUCGGUCAGCUCUUCUUCGGUUGGAUGGCUGAUCUCGUCGGUCGUAAGCGCAUGUACGGUAUCGAGCUCAUGUUGAUUAUCGUCGCGACGUUCGGUCAGGCCGUUGCUGGUCAGGCUCACGCCGCAAAUAUUAUCGCGGUCAUCAUCACCUGGCGUUUCGUCAUGGGCGUCGGAAUUGGCGGUGACUACCCCUUGUCCGCCGUCAUUUCGUCCGAGUUUGCCUCGGCACGCACCCGUGGGCGUCUCAUGACCGCCGUUUUCGCCAACCAGGGUUGGGGCCAGUUCGCCGGCGCGCUCGUCGCCUUCAUCAUCGUCUCCGCAUACAAGCACCGCCUCCUCCACGAUAACCCCGCGGUCCUCGCCUCGGUCGACCAAAUGUGGCGCCUCCUCAUCGGUCUCGGCUGCGUCCCCGGCGCGAUCGCCCUCUAUUUCCGUCUUACUAUUCCCGAAACCCCGCGUUUCACCAUGGAUGUCGAGCGCAACGUGAAGCAGGCCGCCCAGGACGUCGACAACUUCCUCACCAGCGGCUCGUACUACGUCGACCCCGACGCGAUCGUGCAGCGCGUCAAGGCGCCCCGGGCGACAAGGCGCGACUUCAUCCAGUACUUCUCCAGGUGGGAGAACAUGAAGCAGCUCAUCGGCACGUCCUACUCGUGGUUCGCGCUCGACAUCGCCUUCUACGGUCUCGGUCUCAACUCUGCCAUCGUCCUCCAGGCGAUCGGCUUUGGCUCGCCGAGCAAGAGCCUCACCGGCACGGCGAAGGUGUACACGAACCUGCGGAACAUCUGCGUCGGGAACAUCAUCCUGUCCGUCGGGGGGCUGAUCCCGGGAUACUGGGCGUCCUUCCUCGUGAUCGACAGCUGGGGCCGCAAGCCGCUGCAGCUGAUGGGCUUCACCAUGCUCACGAUCCUGUUCAUCAUCAUGGGCUUCGGGUACGAGAAGAUGAACUCGACGGGCCCGGGCUCGAAGGCGUUCGUGUUCCUGUACUGCCUCGCGAACUUCUUCCAGAACUUUGGGCCGAACACGACGACGUUCAUCGUCCCCGGCGAGGCGUUCCCGACGCGGUACCGCUCCACCGGCGCGGGUAUCGCCGCGGCGUCGGGCAAGCUCGGCGCGGUCGUCUCGCAGGUGGGCUUUGCGCGGAUGAUCAACAUUGGCGGUACGAAUAUGUUUGUGAAGCACCUGCUGGAGAUUCUCGCGUUCUUCAUGCUGACGGGCGCGUUCUCGACGCUGCUGAUCACGGAGACGAAGCAGCUGACGCUGGAGGAGAUCUCGAACGAGAAGCAGGAGGGCUUCAUCGAGGGCGUCGCGGAGGCGGUGCCCCCCGUGUAG